ACGUCAGUCUCUCCUCCAGCAGUGCAGGUUGCACUGUGGCUCUCCUGUCUCUGCUCACAGGUGACUCCGGAGCUGUGAAAACGCGCAGUGUGGGAUCCGAGGAAUCACCGAAGGUUUCCCUCACAGCUCUGGCAUUAAAUUCCGGUCACGCUCGGCGAAAAGGGCAGGAAUUGUAUCACUAUAAGUCCCCGAGAAGAGCCCCGGUCCUCUCAGUUUCCCUCCACGCCUCCCACUCGGCUUUCUAUAUUGUCUACCUUGUCUGUUUCACUCCGCUUAUCUCUUCAAACUUGAGGACAGCAUGACAGGAGGACUGAAGGACGGCGAAACAGAAGAGGAAUUUCUGCAUUCGCCGUUCAUCCGAAAACAAGGGAACAUAUACAAACCCAACAACAAAGACAUGGACAACGACAGUCUGAACGAGAAGACGAUGGAGGAUGUCCACACCAAAGAGAUCGACCUGGUCAACCGGGACCCCAAACGCAUAAAUGAAGACGUUGUCAAGGUGGACUUUGAGGACGUUAUCGCCGAGCCUGCAGGGACCUACAGCUUCGACGGCGUGUGGAAAGCGAGCUUCACCACCUUCACCGUCACCAAGUACUGGUGCUACCGGCUGCUGACGGCGCUGAUCGGCAUCCCCCUGGCGCUGGUCUGGGGAAUCUUCUUUGCCAUCCUGUCCUUCGUGCACAUCUGGGCUGUGGUGCCAUGCGUCAAGAGCUACCUGAUCGAGAUCCAGUGCGUCAGUCGCGUCUACUCCAUCUGCGUGCACACCUUCUGCGACCCGCUGUUCGAGGCCGUGGGCAAAUGCCUCAGCAGCAUCCGAAUGCGCAUAACCAAGGAGAUGUAAUGUCCAAAAAGAGGAAGAGGAGGAUUAACGGAAAGAGGGGAGGGAGGAUUGUAGGGCUGGAGCAACACAGAUGGAGGGAAAAGUCAGAACAGAAAAAAAGAAGAAGAAGAAGAAAAAAAAGACCUCUGGGAAAUGAGAGGUGAGACGUUUCCGGAGUUGGGCGGGGGAUGUUUGGAGAUGAGGGGGUGUGGUCACACAGCACCUGGUCCCGCCUCUUUCUACCAGCUGUUUUUUUCUCUCCAGUACUGGUGUAACCAAACAGGGCACAGGAAAUCAAAGGGUCGCUCUAUGGGGGUGGGGAGGGGGGGUUGUUGUUUUGUUUGUGUUCUAGAUUUUUUUAUUCUUCACUGUUAAUUUUCUCUAGCAAGCAACCGAGCUCCAAACUAGUUUUUUUUGUUAGUUUUGCCACAUGAUGUAAAUUCCUUCCAUUUUUACCGUUUCUGUGGAUAGCUUAUCACUUUAUUGAUUCAUGUGAAGGGAGGAUGUCAGGGUGUAUCACUGUCUUCUCUCGCGCUUGUUUGUGUUUGUUUUUGGAGCCGCUGGGCCGGGCCGGAUGGUUGGAUGUCAGCGUUGGCCAGGUCAAAGCAGAUGAGCGCUGCCAAAUUCCAUCUGACUCAGCAAAAACAAAACAACCCCCAAUCCGCACCACACAGCCACGCCCUCCCUCUGCCCCCCCUGACCUCCAACCCCCAAAACCAACCUCCCAGCCUCCCCCCCCCCCACCCCCACCCCCCUCCGCCUGGCUUUCCAGCAGUCUGACACACUGAACCUGCCCUUUUUCCUGCAUGCCACCUGCGUCGCCUUGCCAGCAACUCGCCGUCCGCCACCGUCACGCCCGCCAUGCUGCCUGCUGAGGCAGAAAUGAUCCGCACCUCUGCAUCUCAGCUCACUUGCUCUCUGCAUCAGCUUCCCUACUUUGCCUCCACCUCGAAAAAAAAAACAUUUUUCAGAGCAGGUUUCAUCACAAUCAUCCUCAUGAGCACAUGAGUGUGUGACAGAGAAUGUUAGCAUCUGGAUUUCACUUUUUUAUUUUUGUUUUUUUGUUUUUUUCUUCAGAGCAACGUACGCCUGUCCUUUAUCAGUGAGGCUUAAGGCUUUUAAAUGCACACAUCAUAGUUCCAUGUGCUUUUUUUCUACAGUAUAAAUAUGAAGAACUUGAGGGGUUAAUUUCAAUGCCAUUGUUUUGAUGUCCUAUAUGUACUGUAUGGGUGUUUAUGCAGAAGAUAAGCCCUGAUAAAACUUAAGCUAUGGCCUCAUUCCAGUGCACUAAUCUAUGGGAAAGUAUUGUUAGUGAAUAGCACUAAUGUAAAUCUCCUUUCUAUAUAACUCAUCUGCAAAAGGUAGUAGAGUACUAACAUUUACUUUUGCACACUUUGCACUUAGAGCGUGCAGUUACGAGCUUGUGUGGAAGUUUUUCUUAUGCACUGUGGUACUUACACAGGUUAAUGCAUUGGAAUAAAGACAAUAUGAGGUGGAAUGUGUGAUUUUUAUUUUUGUUAUCUGGUCAUAAUUUUGCACCCUCCCCCUGUUUUUGUCUUUUGUUUUCUUGAUUCUCCCCUGAUGAGUUUGUUCCGCUUCCCCAACUUUUUGACUGUGGACACAAUGCUGAAAAGCAUCAAGCUGACACCUCCCACCCCAGAGAUGGGUGAAGGGAUGGAUGGAUGAGGGGGGGGAGGGGGGGGUUUCUGUGAUGGGCUGGGGUGGGGAGGGUUAUGUUUUAUCAAGACACUUAAGCACGCUUUGACUCCGUCACCUUCAGUCUACCUGCUGUCUUCUCACAGGGAUGGUAAUAUCAUAGCACCUGUUUCUUGAAUUGAGUUUUUUAAGCUCUAAAGGUGAUAUUUUUAUAAGAAAUUAUUAUUUUUUCCUUCCUUGCUUUUACUGUACAAUACCACGCUGUGCACAUUAAAAUUUAAUAUAAUCCA